UGCAUAAGAACUAAAGAGACAUCCAUGCGAUAAACUAACGCGAACAAAGAGCAACAACGUAAACCCUAAACAAGAGAAAUUGAACAUUACCGAAAUGAGCAAAAGGAAACUGAGGUAAAUGGCACAAAGCCAGACAGACAGCUCCAUUUCUUCCUCUUCUCUCUGCCACACUCUCACUGCCUCAAAAGGCCAUUGGCAGACCAGACCUCAAAGUCCAGCCAAAGCCCUAACCUUUACAAUUCCAAAUUCCUCCUCAACCUCAGUCUCAGUCACCCUUUUGCUCUUAUUGCCGUGUUCUUCCUUCCCCCACCUUCCAAUCAACUAAAUUUUUUGUCUUUUUUUCUCUCACCGGAAAGUAAAACUCGAAAGGAGACAAGUGAGAUUAUUAGUUCUGCGAUUCACUUCUCUUGCCAUUGCCUUCACCCUCCCUCUCUUCCAACAACCUUCCUUGCUCUUCAUCAUCUGGCAGCUGGGUCUUCUUCUGCGCCUCCUUAGCCUUCAACGCCUGCAAUUUGGCAUGGUUGUAAUACGCAACCCCCAAAAAUGCAAGCCCGUAGCCAACCAAAUUGAUCGGGGUCACGGUAUCCUUGAUCACCGACCACGAGAAGGCAAUCAACAGCCAAUCCUUGACAACCCCGGCCACAUUCAUGGUCAACGCCGACGUCUUGCCCACCAGCAGGAACACGGCGAGGUUCAGGGCAAAAGCACAGAACGAAUUCGUCCCAAACACCACGAAAUCGAAAUGGAAACUCGACGUCUCCCUGAGAACAGGGUACUCGACGAAGAUCCAAGGGAUAAACAGGAAAACCAGGCAGCAAGGGGCAACAUAGUACAAAGAAGUAAUCGGAUUCAGGGUAAUCCCUUUAGAAGUCAACAAGAUCUGAAUCAAUACCAAUCGUGUGGCCUCGAACGCGACCGCGCCCAGCUGCAGCAUCACCCCCCAGACGUCGAACCUCGCCUCGCCGUACGCGGCAAUCGCGACGCCGACGGAGAUCGAGAGCAUGUUGGCCAUGGUGUCGGUCUUGAAGCUCUCCCGCUUGAGCGCAACGCCGAUGGAGUAGACGGCGACGGGCAUCAGGGCUUUCAGCAUCUGGAUGAAGGAGACGGAGAGGUAGAUGUAGGCGGAAUUGGACAGCCAGAGGGAGAGCGAGUAGAGCGCCCCGAUUGGGACGACGGAGGAGAGGUACAUCUCCCGCGACAUUGACACCGGCUCGACGACCUUGAAGACCUUGAUGAGGACGAAGGCGAGGGAGGCGCAGAAGGACAUGUGGAUCAUGGUUAGCGAGAUCGGGUAGGGCCAAUUGUACAUCUUCUUGUCGAGGAUGUACUUGUUGUAGACGAUGACGGUGAAGGAUAGGAAGAUCCAGAUUGCGACGUAGGUGUAGGAGAGGAGGAUUUUUUUGAGGACGGAGUCGCUCAGAGAUCCGCCUUUCCCCAUUGCUGCUGGUGGUCGGUGGCCGGCGGUGGCGGAAGGAGGAGGAGGAGGAGGACUCAGAUCUUGAUUUGGUAAGUGGCGGAGCGGGAGAGAAGAGGGGUUUUGGCCUUUUGGGAGAGAAGAGGGGGGAGAUGGAAGACUGAGUGAGGGAGUUAAAAAAAGGAAGGAAGUUUCAGAGAGAGAAAG